CGGGUGUCUACAUACUAGUAUGCGUGCUACGCAGCCUGCUACUUGCAUAAUUGGUUUAUGCUAUGCUAUUAACCCCUCUACGGAGUGCUAUCCACAUGUGUGCGUUUAUACAUUAGGUGCCUACCUACAUACCCAGCUUCACUCACUAUAUGAAGCUCGACAUUUUAUAGUAUUAACCCGAUAUCUUGAUCAUUUCCGACUCUCAUUAUUUCUCAAAAAGGCUCGCUUAUUAUCUAGAUUCACUAACAAGAGAAGAGAACUUCAUUAGUCUUAAGAUCAAAAUUCAGUUCUGAAUCCUCAGUCUCCACUGUUAAAUUGCCUUGCGAGCUCUCAUCUAAUUAGGUACUAUACGAAGACUCAUGUUUAUUGAGAGGCUUCCGGAUUUUAAGGUAGCGAAGCACGAUGGACAUGGAUAUGGAUCGUCCGAGUACUCAUCGUUCAACUUAUAAGUGCUACCCGUACCUUACCAAGGAGGAAUUCGCCGAAGUAUGCCACUACCUCGAUAGGAGAUACUGUCAAGCCACCCUAGGGCCUUUGCGAAGACGAUGGCGCCUCCAUGUUCAUACAGCACUCGAGCUGUCAUUUGAUGCCGGACCGGACCGCACAACCUUCUUGCAGAUCACUAGGCCUUUAGAGGAUGAAACGCUUGCCGAAGAUGAUCUCGCUGCAAAGUUGGGAGACGUUUCUUUAAGCGAAGAUCAAGACUCACGCAUGCAGGUCGCCGCCGACAGUGUCAUGGCCGAGAUGGAGAAUUCAGAUAAGGAGAUCCUCUCCAGACCGCCGGCUCGACCAAACUUCCGAGUCAGUCAUGUCAAGUACGAGAUACAUCUCCAUCCAACGUAUCGUGCGCCCUGCCUCUGGUUCAGCCUACAUAAUCUGCCGGCUACCGAACCAGCGUUCGAUAUCGAGACUGUUUUCCGCCGCCUCGUUCCCGAGCAGUUCAAAAAUCCCAUUCGACAAAUGGGCCCCUUGGGUGGCAUCUCAAUCGACCAUCACCCUAUCACCGGGCUCCCUUCGUUCUUCGUUCACCCAUGCGUCCUUGGAGACGCCAUGGCUGGAUUUGACUGCCCCAAAGAAGAUUACCUCAUGAUAUGGCUUGGUUUCGUCGGAGGUUGCGUUGGACUCUGGGUCCCUCAGCAAAUGGCCGCGCUCAGUGGAGGGGUGAGUUCUCAGAAAGCUGGAAAUGGAACAAGCCACAUCCUGCAAUCCGACAACAGAUAAGUGAAGCCUUGUUUUAGAGUGCCUGUUCGGCAAGCAGUGAAUUAGAAUGUCUUCAUUCAUCAUCGCUGUCUUCUUCCAUUGCUACGUCCUCGUCACUCUCCUCCUCCUCUUCCUCCUCUUCGUCGCGAGGCCGCUUUUGUCCUCGGGUAUCGGGACUCUUCGCAUCCGUCAUAACCCGGUCGGGACCUCGAGGCGGUUUCGCAGGGAGACCGGACGAAGCCUGGGUU